CCGCCGCGAUCACACGUCACUACGGCUGCUACACGCCGGCCGCACGCGCGCGAUUCGAACGUAGUGCACGAUACACCGCGACCGGUUCCCAAAGCCGAUGAGCCCGACCAGUGACACCUCUAGUGUUGUGUGACUUGCAGUGAAACUCAGUGCAGACAUGUGCGAGUGAUGGAUUACUCUGCCGCCGUCGAUCUGUGACGGGUUUCGGAUCCCGUGUAUGCUCAGGCGCCGGUGGUUGCGCCAGUAUGCGCGCCCCCGCGGUGCUGAUCGCCCUGCUAGGGUUUCUGCCCCAGGUGCUGACGUCUGGUUCCUUCGAACUUAGGAUAAAAAGUUUCACGAACUCAUUGGGUAGGUUAAGUAGUGGGCAGUGCUGUGAUGGUUCCUCAAGUAGUGAUGCGCCUUGUUUGGCGCCGUGCAGGACUAAAUUCCGCGUGUGCCUUAAAAUAUAUCAAGCUAAUAUCGACACAACAUCACCGUGUACGUUCGGUGACAUCACUACCCCAGUGCUCGGUGGAAACUCAUUGGACGUGCCCAACAUUAACGUGCAAGGAUUUACCAAUCCCAUCGUGUUCCCCUUCGAUUUCACGUGGCCGGGCACCUUCUCGCUUAUAGUCGAAGCGUGGCAUGACACCAACGAAACGUCAAGAUCUGAUGAUACGCUGAUUGCACGGAUGACGAAGCAGAGUAUAGCUGACGUCGGAGGCCCCUGGAUCGAGGAAGACCAGCGGUGGGGUGGGGCGGGAGGUGCACAUCUGAAGCUUUCCUACCGAGUGACCUGUGCGGCGCAUUACUACGGGCCUGGCUGCGAAGUUCUCUGCAGGCCUAGAGAUGACGCCUUCGGUCAUUACACCUGCUCCCCGACUGGCGAGAUCGUAUGCAAGCCUGGUUGGACUGCGCAAUACUGCUCGAAACCGAGAUGCCUGCCCGGCUGCGACGCGGAGCACGGCCACUGCCUCAAGCCCGACGAAUGCAUUUGUCAUUCGGGCUGGGUGGGCGAGCUGUGCGACAAGUGCGAGCGGCAUCCCGGCUGCGUGCACGGUACCUGCUCCAAGCCGUGGGACUGCAUCUGCGAGGAGGGCUGGGGCGGUCUGUUCUGCAACCAAGACCUCAAUUACUGCACCAACCACAAGCCGUGCCGGAACGGCGGCAUCUGCCACAACACGGGCCAGGGCAGCUACACCUGCGUGUGCCCAGCCGAGUACACCGGGCCCGACUGCGAGAAGUCGCUGCACUCCUGCUCCGUCCGCCCGUGCCUGAACGGAGGAGCAUGUGUGUCUGACGAAGGCGGAGAACUUUCUUGCGCAUGCCCAUCUGGCUACGAGGGGGCACACUGCGAAACUCGAAGACUGACUUGCGCCGACCAACCGUGUCGAAACGGUGGCACUUGCGAGCCUCGAUCGUCCGGCUACGUAUGCUUAUGUCCACCAGGCUACACGGGUCUCGACUGCGCUGUCGAGGCGGAUCCUUGCGCUGCCAACCCUUGCAGACACGGGGCGACGUGCACGCGGGCCGGGGACGGAUUCCGGUGCGCCUGCAAGACAGGCUACCGGGGCAAUCGUUGCGAGAUCGACAUAGAUGACUGCGCGGGCGUUGUCUGCGAACACGGCGGAACCUGCGUGGACUUAGUUAAUGGACAGCGAUGCCAAUGCGCGCCCGGAUUCCUCGGACCGCGAUGCGAAACACGAGUAGACUUCUGCCUAGCGAAACCUUGCGCGAACGGCGGAGAGUGCCACGUCCUUGACAACGACUACGAAUGCAGAUGUCGUCCGGGUUUCGCUGGAAAAGACUGCAGUAUCGAUGUGGACGAAUGCGCGUCAUCCCCUUGCCGGAAUGGAGGGACUUGCCGAGACCGUGUCGACGGUUACCAUUGCAACUGUCCGCCGGGAUGGGGUGGGAAGUCUUGUACCGUAUCGCUGGCGGACUUUGCGGCUGCGAAGCCGGCGGGAGGUCACUUGAGACGAGUUGGGGACGAGUCGCCUGAAGAAGAGAGUUUAAGCGGGAGACACGUGGCGUUGAUAGCUGCUUUAUCAGCAGCGGUACCCGCGGCGGCGCUGGCGGCUGCCGUGGCCGUCGCCUGUAUACGGCGGAGAAGAAAGCGAGCGCAGAACGCGGCGGACGCUGAGGCGAGAGCGCAGAACGCGGCCAACGCUGGCGGAGGCGGCCGGGUCAUCAGGAACACUUGGGGCAAGUGCGAAGGCCCGGUGCCCGAGUGUCAGAACGCGCACAACCAGGCAGCCGAGGAGUGCAAGCGGAAGACUCUCAACACGGAGAGCGCCGCGCGGCUGCUGGCCGCCCUCGACCCCAGACUGUCGCGGCUCUCCGCGGACUCUGCGUAUUGCGCUAAUAGCGAUACGUCGCUAGUGAAGCGAGCGCUGGAAGGCGGAGGGGUCUACGUGCUAGAUGACCAUUGCCUGCCGCCGACGUUCGCGACGCAAGUGUAGUGCUAACUGACGCAGCAGUGGACAUUAACUUAUUAUUUAUUCACAACGGACGCUCGUGCGAUUCUGGCUGUGCGCCGCGUGUACAUAUAGCGUAAAGUGUAAAGUGACCCCUGUAUAGACGGCUAGUUUAAGUAUUCGGAUAUAUUUAUUUGAGCGCGAUCCGUACGCCCUGUAAAUAAUAAUGGCCGAUCGGAUCGCUUUUCCACCCUUUAACGGCAAGCGUCGCCCGCACUUUUCAGUGCAUCCACGGCCCCUAUUAUCUAUGGCACUAAAGUCAUAACUAUAAAAAAACCUCUUGUAACAACUUACUUGACACUUCGCAAGAACUUUCAAAUGUACUGCCAAGUUUGAGGUAGCAAGUUUGUAAUGCAGUUAUGAAUUUUGGGUCGUAGCUACGAAUAGGGGCCCCUUAUAUACUCGCAUUUCAUAGAUUCGACAUUUGAAUAAAACAUUCAGAUUUCGGAUUCGAAAUUUGAAAUGGGUAUGCCUUUCACUGAUGUGAGCUGAACACUCGUAAAAUGGACUCUAGUGUUGUGAGUUAGGGUUGUGUUCGGUACCGGGUGAGGACCGCGCUUGCUGUAGGGUAGUGGACCGCGGUCCACUGUCUGCGAUCUCUGUAGGUAACGGUGAAGCGGCGCGCGCGGUCUCGGUCCGCCGCGCGGUCCGCGACAAAGACGCGAUACUGGACACCACGAUUACUAUCACAAACUUUGUUUUACCAUAGACAAUAUUCAUGAUUUCUAUAAAUUUUACCUUCUAUUUUUAUAUCUUACAUUUUUCUUUUCUGUACAUUUUUUCUUUAAUUUUUUUUCCAAGUAUCAAAAUUAAAAAUUGAACUUUGUGAUAAGCAAGCAUUCUUUGGUAGUCAGUAUCGGCUCUGUGAUGUUCACACCCCGCUGUCCCUCUUUUAGACUCGCACCAGUAUAGAAACCAAAACGUGCGUUAUAUAAGAUUUUAGACUAAUUAAAAAAAUAACGCAAAUUUAGCGUUUAUCUGUUUUUUUACAUGAUUAAUUAUUUUGUGAUUGACUAAUUGUUGUCAUUGUUCCUAUGAUUAUGAUUGUUAAUUUAACACUUUAAAAAAAUCUUGUUACGGUUUUUUUGAAAAUCGACAUAGAUUUUUUUUUCACACCUUUAUAACUUUUGUUAUAUUUGAAAUUUUGAUAAAAAAAAAACACGUUCCUUGAUCCGAGCGCCAUCUUUGUUUUCUCCACGUACACGUGGAGGGGUUAAAAAUCGCACUCGUAUCACACAGUAAUUAACAGCGCACGUAAAUUAGACAAUAGGAUAAAAAUAAUUUGUGUACUUAUAAGAAACAAAUGUCGAAACCUAAGUCAUUGUGUAUAAAAAAAACUAUUAAGUUUUAGUUAUGUAAGUAUAUUCUCCAUUACUUUGGUAAGAGUACUGUGACAAUACAGUGGUGACAUUAGGCAACAUAGGACUCGAUAUUGCAGGUUGUUUUAACUUAUUUAUUUGAAUGCGUUCAGGACCCGGAUUCUCUAUGGCAUUCUAAUCACAUACGCAACUGAAAUAAUGUGACGUAUAUUUUGACCGAUUUAAUACGAAGUGUCAAAAGGUAUGUUACAAAUUCCAUGCGUAAUUACGAUUCAAUGUCACACAGAAUCGGAUCCGUAGUGUGCGGAGCUGUUGUGUUUUACCUGUGAUUCCAUCCACGACGCGUCGCAUAUUCCGACUUGCGGACGAAUGUGUGCCGCGCCGUCGCGGAAUUGUCGUGUGAAACGACUUUAUGUUAAAUUGCCGUUUUGUGGAGACAUACUGUAGAUAUUAUUUUUUAAGCGAUAGGGUUACCUCUUAUGUUGCCUUUUGCACUCUAUAGAUUAAUGAGGGUUAAACGACAAAAUUGUAAAAUUUAUAUAAAAACUAUGAAUAGACUGAUGAUCAAUAAUUAAAAAUAAUGUUCUUGUAUUUAAUUUUUGUAAGAUGACAAAAUGUACGAUUAAAUUAUGUGAAAAUAGGAAACCAUUACCGAAAGCGACAUAUUCAUAUCUAGUGUACUUAAAUUGAUCAUAGUUAUUUGCCUACUUUCAUUUUUCUUUUUGAGAAUAUUUGUAUUUUUUUUAAUGAUGUUAUUAUACGCGUUAAUAUAAUAUUUCGUUCCGAAACCAAUAAAAUGACAGUAUUUUUAAUUUAUUUAUAUAAAAUAAUUAUGAAAAAAAUGAUUGUGAAUUACUUUUAAUUUUUAUUGAAAAAUCAUUGUUUAAUUAUUUCUUGAACUCUGUUUACGAUUGACUGAAGCGAAAUUGUCUUCUUGAUUUGUAUUAUGAACUCGUUUUAAUGAGAAUCAUGAAUGCAUUUAUAGUUAGGUGUGAGUAUACUGAAAGGUGAAAAAAAAUUCAAAUCAUUCCAUUUCUCGUAAGUGAACUAUCAUAGACAAAAAGUUUUUUAUCCUCUCUAUUUUUUCUACGUUUAUUUUGCAUGCAAGUGAUUAUCGUAAAUUAUUGUCUAUUUUUUUUAGUUAGAUAAAGUAAAAUAAUUUAUUGUCUUUUCCUUGUGCUUUUAGUAUAUUCACCUUUUCUUUCGAAUUCAAAAGAAAAAUGAAAGCAAAUCCUAAUUAGUAGAUGGGUUAAAAAUAAUUCCAUAAAUAGAUCCUAUCACAAAAUAAAGUCAUUUGUAAUGUGUAAUGCGGUGAUAUAUUUUUUGCCAGCGUCAAGCGUGUAUGUGACGAAUGUGUAUUAUUAUGUGCAGCGAUACAAGGAGAAAUAAAAUGUUAAUAAACAAUUGUUUACAAAAGAU